CUUAUCCAAACUUACUUACCACUCAGGUACUCUCGCACACCAACCGGGUGGGCGAACGCCCGCGAACGACGGACGAGAGAACGAGAGAACGAGAGAGAGAGAGAGCGAAGAUGUUGAGCCUCUCGGCAGCUUCACCUUCGAGCGUUUUCUGUUGCUCUUCAAAAUCCAUCUCUACGAACGCUAAAUCCUCUUCCUUCCAUGGUAUCCGAAUUCAGCAUGCUUUGCCUAUUCGCAUGCCCUAUUCGUCGUCUUUGCGAAACCCUGCUUCGUCUGUGGUAAUGAUGGCGAAAAGAGAGGAAGAAAUGAAGGAGAUCCGAGCUAAGACCACCGAGGAAUUUAACGAAGAGAUCGUCGAUCUCAAAGGUGAACUCUUCAUGCUUCGAUUGCAGAAAUCAGUCCGUAACGAGUUCAAAUCCAGCGAGUUCCGUCGAAUGCGAAAAAGAAUUGCCCGCAUGCUUACGGUAAGAAGGGAAAGAGAGAUUGAAGAGGGUAUCAACAAGAGGUUGUCAAGGAAGCUUGACCGGCAAUGGAAGAAAAGCAUUAUUGUCAGGCCACCCCCAUCUCUCAAGAAAUUGCAAGAGGAGGAGGCAGCAGAAAAAGAAGCAGAGAAGUCGACAUGAGCCUGAUCAAUAAAUACUUGACACUGAAAUCAUUUUCUUUUUUGGUAGCAUAAUAGCAGCAUUUGCAUUGGUCAACCUUUCUGUUUCAAGUCUUCAUUCUAUUUGAAUGGUUAUUUUUUCCCGUGGGGAGGACUGAUGUAAUCUUUUCCUGUACUAACUUCUUCUCUCCCUCCUAGUAUUUGUAAUUUUACGUUUUUUUUUUUUUUCAUUUUUGGUGUGUGUGUGGACUGUGGAAUAUACUUGUAUGAUGUAUGAAUAAGUUUACUUCA